AUGGAAAUUCCGUAUAUUGCUUCUUGUGAGCGAACUACUGGCAAAAUAAUACAGGGAUGUGCACAGGAAACUAUGUGUGCUGCUAUAGAAGAGGAGAAAAGGCAGGCAGAACUUCGCAAUGAUAAAGAUAAUGAUGGUUAUCACUGUAUAACUGUCAUUGUUGAUGGAGGUUGGUGUAAAAGAAGCUAUGGGCAUGGUUACAAUGCUUCAAGUGGCAUAUCUGUUAUUAUAGGCAUGGUCACCCAGAAAAUUUUGUUUGUUGGAAUUCGCAACAAAGUGUGCCUUAUAUGCAGUGCUAUUGAAGAUGGCAAGAUGCCAAAUAAAGUGCACCUUUGUUGGCGAAAUUGGAAUGGGCCUUCUACAGGUAUGGAAAGCAGUGCCAUUGUGGAAGGUCUGAAUUAUCUCCAGUGUGUUCACAAAAUACGUUGUACUCGACUUGUUGGAGAUGGAGAUGCUAACACAAUGGCCAAAGUGAAAGAAAGCGUUUCAUAUGGAGGACGGGUGAUCAAAGUAGAAUGUGCUAACCAUGCUGUUCGAAGAUAUCGCAGAGCUCUUGAGAAACUUCAGCAAAAUACUGCGCGCUUCCCCGGGGCUAAAGGAAUUGCUGCCCGUAAAUUGCUGAAAAUUAAAAUGCCACUGUUAGUCAGAGGUGCUAGAGUAGCUAUAAAAGCUCAUGCUUUACCUAGCCAUUAUCAGCACACACAAGAAGCUAUUGAUGCAUUAGUAUCUGACUUGAGAAAUGGGCCACAUCAUAUAUUUGGCAAGCAUGAUGCUUGUAGUGCUUUUUGUGCAAAGAAAGGUGCAGAGUUGGACAGCACAUACAAUGAAAUUUUUUCCUCGGGUAUGUUGCAAGCUAUUGAAGCAGAAGUGGGAAGAGUACUGAUAUCGUGUAGCAGUACUCUUAUUUGGAAUGCCACAAAUAAUCCUGCUGAAAGCUUCAUGAGUCAACUGUGUAAAACAUCUGGUGGAAAAAGAGUUGAUUUUUCCAAAGCUGGUGGCAUGAACAGGCGUGCGAGUAUUGCUGUCAUGGCCUAUCAAAAUCCAGCACAGCAGUGGCAAAAAAAAUGCACAAAAAAGCUAAACCAGACCUAUCAGACGAAGCAUAUGAAUUGGCAGCUAAAAAUUUUUUUUAUAUCAAUUGAAGUUCCAAAAAAAGAUUCUCUUGAGGCCGUAACACGUGGACAGUCAUCAUCUGAAAGAUGGCGUCAUGAAAGAUCAAGAAGAAUAUCAUCAUCCUUUUUCAAAGAUGUUGCUGAUAGGCGUCCAACAACACUCAGUGCUGCUUUAGUGAAACGUAUCAUAUAUAAUGAUAACGUUUCAACUAAAGCAUUAAAGUAUGGCUUGGCUAACGAAGCAGUAGCCUUAAAUCAAUACAAGGAAAAGCACAUGGGAAAAAACAUCAGACGUUGUGGCCUUUUUAUUGAUCCUAAAUAUCCCUUUCUUUGUACUUCGCCAGAUGGAUUGAUAGACGAAGAUGGAUUACUUGAAAUAAAAUGUCCUUAUACAGCCAGAUUCUCAGCAGACUUGUCAGACUUUUUCAGCAAGCCUAAUUCUGUUGGUCUUCGGAUGGAUGCUGAUAAUAAUCUUUAUUUACCGAAAAAAAGCCACAAAUAUUAUUUUCAAAUUCAAGGGCAGUUAGCCAUAACAGAGAGGAAUUGGUGUGAUUUAUAUAUAUGGUGCAGAGAAGAUGCAAUCACAUUAAGAAUACCCGAAGACAAAACUUUCUGGAUCAGUUUAGUUCCAAAACUCGAAAAAUUUUACGUGAAUUGUAUUCUUCCUGAGCUUGUUGAUCCAAGAGCACCAAGAAAAAUGUCUCUUAGAGAACCGAAGUAUAUUGUUGAUGCUAGAGCACAGAAUGAGAAACAAAAACAGGCCACUGCUUCUGUAAAACAAACACAAGAAAAAAGAGAAAUUGAAAUUUCAGAAGCAGAUAAAAUUAUUUCAUCUCCUAGAAAGAAUGCAGGAGAGAAAAGAAUCAGGAAACCAAAAAUUAUUUUUGAUUUGUAAUCAGUAACAAGCCAAGCCAGCACACCGUAACAUUUUCUACGUCUGAAUAAAAACUAUGCCUGCAACAAAGCAUUAUGAUUAAAUCCAUACCUAAUUAGAAUAUUACCCCAUUUCUCUAAAAAAAAUAUGUUCAAAAAGUCUCUGCUUUCAGUAAUAGAUACGUCUGAUCAAUUCUGCCAUAAUUCUGUAAUCAAUACUUGAAGCUAGAAUCUCCUGUGCUGCACUGCCAUUGCAUCUCUUUUCUGAAUGUUUCAUCAUCCACUUCUCAUUCUAAAUAUUCCUGUGUGCUUUCAUUUAUAGCUGCUAACUUGUUGUGAACAUUUUCUGCACCACAUGUUAUAUUUUGCAGUGUAAAUAAUGCGUGCAAUCAUAUAUUUUGGUUUUAAUCAUCAGUAACUUUGGUAAAACUACAUUUAUGCAAAGAAGACUUCCAUAAAGUCACAGUUUCUGUGAAAAAGAAAAUAAGUUUGAUGACCUCUGUCAUAAUUCAAUAAAUAAUUUUUUAAAAUAGCAUCACCUGUGCUGCACUAACAUUGGAAAAAAUUAAAGUCAUCUCUUUUCUGAAUGUUUCCUCAUGCACUUCUGUUUCUAAGUAUUCUUGUGUGCUUUGAUCCAUAGCUGAUAACUUGUUGAGAAUAUUUUCUGCACAACAUGUUACACCUCUGAACUUAAAUACUUGCGGUAAAGAAGUAUUUUGGUUUGAAUCAUGUGUAACUCCAAUAUAAGUCCAUUUCUCCAAGGAAAACCUCCACAAAGUCACUGCUCCUGAUUCAGCUGGAAGGACAUCCAUACAAUGAUAUUUGAGAAGAAGACAUACAAAAUUGAGUAUUGUGGAAAGAUGAUUGCUUAUAUCUUGAACGUGGAUGAUCCACUUGUCUACAAAACUCAUAACCAUUCUAAAAAAUAAGGACAUCAAAUUUCAGUGCAUCCUGCUCUCACAAGAGAGAAAGGUGAUCAUUAGAAGCCUUCCCAGCUCCACAUGUUAAUGCUGCCUCAUGUUGCAUAAUAUAAUAAU